AUGGCCGGCCUCGCUUCCACCCUCCAGCAAAAGCUGGGUCUCUCUAGCCAGAAGGCACUACUACUGGGUGCCGGCUUCGUUACCAAGCCUACCGUCGAGAUCCUUGCCAACUCUGGCAUUGAGGUUACCAUUGCCUGCCGUACUCUUGAAUCGGCGAAGAAGCUAUCUGCUGGCAUCAAGAACACCCGCCCUGUUUCCCUCGAUGUGACCGACGACAAGGCGCUCGAUGCCGAAGUUGCACGCUCCGACCUUGUCAUCUCCCUCAUCCCGUAUACCUUCCACGCGACCGUCAUCAAGUCUGCCAUUCGCAACAAGAAGAAUGUCGUCACUACUUCAUACGUUUCGCCUGCCAUGCAGGAGUUGGAGCAACAGUGUAUCGACGCUGGCAUUACGGUCAUGAACGAAAUCGGACUCGACCCUGGUAUUGACCAUCUCUACGCCGUCAAGACCAUUGAAGAUGUCCACAGAGAGGGCGGUAAAGUUACCGGCUUCUACAGCUAUUGUGGCGGUCUGCCUGCGCCAGAAGCCUCGGACAACCCACUCGGUUACAAGUUCAGCUGGUCCAGCCGUGGCGUGCUGCUUGCACUUCGAAAUGCUGCCAAGUUCUACCAGGAUGGAAAGGAGGUGUCCAUUGCUGGUCCUGACCUGAUGGCUACUGCUAAGCCGUACUAUAUCUACCCUGGUUUCGCUUUCGUUGCCUACCCCAACCGCGACAGCACUCCUUAUCGCGAGCGAUACAAUAUCCCAGAGGCACAAACCGUUGUUCGCGGUACACUCCGCUACCAGGGAUUCCCAGAAUUCGUCAAGGUGUUGGUCGACAUUGGUUUCUUGUCGGAAGAGAAGCAUGACUUCCUCGACAAGGAGAUCACUUGGGCAGAGGCCACACAGAAGAUCAUUGGCGCCAGCUCCAAGAGUGAAACCGACCUGCACUGGGGCAUUUCAAGCAAGACUUCUUUCGCAGACACUGCCGAGAAGAAUCGCAUCCUCAACGGCAUGAAGUGGCUUGGUCUUUUCAGCGAGUCCAAGAUCACUCCUCGAGGCAACCCCCUCGACACCCUCUGCGCGACCCUGGAGCAGAAGAUGCAGUACGAGGAGAGUGAGCGAGACAUGGUCAUGCUUCAGCACAAGUUCGAGAUUGAGCACAAGGAUGGUUCCAAGGAGACACGGACGAGCACGUUGGUGGAGUACGGCGACCCCAAGGGUUACAGUGCUAUGGCUAAGCUGGUGGGUGUCCCUUGCGCGGUGGCUUGCUUGAUGGUGCUCGAUGGACGGAUCAGCAAGAAGGGUGUGCUCGCGCCCGUUACCUGGGAUGUUGCAGAGCCGCUACUCACUGAGCUCAAGAAGGAGUAUGGCAUUGAGCUGACCGAGAAGACGGUGGCGUGA